AUGAGAGUGAAAGACUUGAUUUCUCAGAAUCGUCCUCAGAUCGUUUUUUUGUGUGAGACGAAGAUAAGUAGAGAGAGGGAGUUCGAAAAUCUGCGUAAGGCGCUAGGGUUUGCUAACACAAAGGCGAUGCUCAGUGAAGGCCAAGCUGGUGGGCUAGGGUUGUUUUGGAAUGACGAUGUGCAUCUGAAUAUAGGGACGAUGUCAGCACAUCACAUUGACGCCGUGGUGGUUGGGGAGUCUGGAGUUCCGUCUUGGAGAGUGACUGGGUUCUAUGGGUAUGCCAGAACGAGUGAAAGAGAUCGCUCCUGGCAAUUAUUACGAGAUCUUUCUUACCUGGAUUCACUUCCCUGGAUUGUGAUAGGAGAUUUCAAUGAAAUCUUGAACAAUGGGGAGAAGAUUUCUGGUCCAAUACGAGCGGAAAGACAAAUGAGAGGCUUCCAUGAGGCUUUAGGAUAUUGCGACUUGUUGGACCUAGGGUUCCAUGGCGCUAUGGCCACUUGGUGGAAUUCGGAGAUGUUAUUGCGUCUAGAUAGGGCGAUCUGCACUCCAUCUUGGUUUGAUUUGUUUGGGCAUUCAAAACUAUUUCACCUUCCGCCUUCAGAUUCUGACCAUGUACCUCUGCUUCUGAAGGCUAGCACAACCCCUCUGGUGGUGCGGUCCAAAAAGAAUAAUUUCAAGUUUGAGGCAUUCUGGUUACAACAUCCUGAAUGCGACGGAGUGGUGAAAGAGGCAUGGGGGACGGAUGUUACCGGAACACGUAUGUUUUGUGUUACGAAGAAGAUUGUACACACUAGGAUGCAGCUUGAUAAGCGGCAUAAGCAAGUGUUUCGAGGUAGACAAUUACAGAUGAGAGGGAUUCGAGCUAGACUGGAGGAACUGUUGGAGGUACCAAUCUCAGUGGAAGUGCAGAAUGAAAAGAAGACUUUGAUGGACAAGCUUCAAUCUUUAUUAUACCAGGAGGAGUUGUUUUGGAGACAAAGAUCGAAGGUCACCUGGUUAAAGGAGGGGGACCGCAAUACGAGCUAUUUUCAUCGGAAGACUGAGAAUAGGAAGAGGAAGAAUAUGUUACAGGGUUUGUUUGAUGAAGAUGGGCAGUGGCACGAUGAUGAUUCUGGUAUUGCAGGGGUGGUUGCGGACUACUUUGCUAAAAUGUUCAUGGCUUCAGAGAUUGAUUAUGAAGCUGUGGACAAAACUUUGGAGGCCAUUAUCCCGGUUGUAACUCCGGUGAUGAAUAUUCAACUUUGUGCACCCUAUACUCGGGAUGAGGUGAGUUCUGCACUUUUUCAGAUGUACCCGACUAAAUCACCAGGGCCGGAUGGUAUGCCUCCUCUCUUUUUCCAACAUUAUUGGGAACAUAUUGGUGAUGAUGUUUUUGAGGCAGUUCAGAGCUUUUUGCAGACGGGUCAGCUUCUUAAGCAAAUCAAUUUCACUCAUAUUUGUCUCAUUUCCAAGGUUGAUAAUCCCGAACAUAUGUCUGACCUGAGACCGAUAGCUUUAUGUAAUGUUAUUUACAAAAUCUGCUCUAAGGCAAUUGCAAAUAGGUUAAAGGUAGUUUUACCUUUUGUGAUAUCACCUUUUCAGAGUGCUUUUGUCCCAAGUAGACUGAUCACGGAUAAUAUUUUGGUUGAGAACGAGAUUGCUCAUUUUGUGCAUAAUAAGAGGGAGGGCAGUGAGGGUUUCACGGCCUUGAAAUUAGAUCUGAGCAAAGCCUAUGAUAGAAUGGAGUGGGUUUUUCUGGAAAAGGUUAUGUAUCGCUUUGGCUUUGCUCAUAAUUGGAUUCAGAUGAUUAUGCAAUGUGUUCGUACUGUUAGUUACUCUUUUCUGGUGAGGGGUAAGCCACGACGAUUUCUCAAGCCAAGCAGAGGACUACGACAAGGGGAUCCUUUGUCUCCCUAUCUAUUUCUCAUUGGGGCUGAAGGCUUCUCUGCUUUGUUAAAGCAAAAACAGUCUGUAGGACUGUUACCAGGAAUUGGGGAUGUCUUUGAAACCUAUGGACGGGCUUCGGGGCAACUUAUUAACUUCAGUAAAAGUUCCGUAGUUUUUAGUAAGAAUGUGCCUGUGGAGGUGCAAGAGGAGGUGUCAGAUUUUUUAGGCGUUGAAGUAGUGGCUUCGCAUGACAAGUAUUUGGGGUUACCCACAUACGUGGGAUGCAAGAAAACUUUGACCUUUCACUAUAUAAAGGACAGAUUGGCCAAGAAAUUGACUGGUUGGCAAGGGAAGUUGUUAAGUGGCGUUGGGAAGGAUAUCCUAAUUCGAGUGGUGGCUCAGGCGUUACCCACAUAUGCCAUGAGUGUUUUUCAACUGACCCAAAGCUUUUGUGAGGACCUUGAACAGAUGUGUGCAAGGUUUUGGUGGGGUAGCACUUUGGAUAAACGGAAAAUUCAUUGGAAGAAGUGGGAUGCCUUAUGUAACCCGAAGGAGGAAGGUGGAUUAGGGUUCCGAAGCCUUUCUAAUUUUAAUACAGCGAUGUUGGCAAAACAAGCUUGGCGAGUCCUCAACAAUCCUUCUUCACUUAUUGCUCGUCUCUAUAAGGCUAAAUAUUUCCCGGAUAGUACUUUCUGGGAUGCACCAUCUUAUGAGUCUCCUUCCUUUUCGUGGAGGAGCAUUUUUUCCACUAAAGAAUUGUUACAGAGUAGUUAUUGUUGGCAGGUGGGGGAUGGUACUAGCAUUUCUGUGUUCUCGAAUAAUUGGAUUCCGGCUUUGCCUUUGGGGAAACCAACGGGAUUAAGACUGGCGGUGGAUGAGGUUCACAUUGUGAGUGAUUUGAUGUUAGGUACAGGGGGUUGGAAUGUUGAGUUAAUUGCUCGGCUAUUUUCAAGCGAGGAGGCUGCUGCAAUCAUGGCGAUUCCCUUGAGUAGACGAAGUGUGGUGGAUAGAUUGAGUUGGAGGUUGUCCAGAGAUGGUAAAUUCUCCGUUAAAUCUGCUUAUAGGUAUGCUUUUGCCCAUUCUUCGAGCUAUAGUCCCCUGACAUUACCGGUGGGAGCUUCGUUUUGGAAGAAAUUAUGGAAGGCUUCGAUUCCAAAUAAGGCUAAGAUUCAUAUAUGGCGGGUCUGUUUGGAUAUAUUACCCUCUCUAGGGAGUCUGGCAUCGAAAAGAGUAGUAGUGGACUCGGUGGAGUUCAUGCUGUGUGGGUUUAAUGGGGAGACGACAAUCCAUUUGUGCAGGGACUGUCCCUUUACGCAAGAAGUUGUGCAAUCCAGGGCCAUUCUGAAGCAAGUAUGUUAUAACCCACAGGUGAUACAGAGUGAUUUACUUGGUUCGUUGAAUUUCUGUGCCAAGGAAUUAUCUUUGAGGAAUUUUGGGGAGUUUAUGUUUCUCUUAUGGGGAGUUUGGAAGGAGCGCAAUGAAAGAGUGUGGAACCAGAAAUGCACGGGGCUUGUGAUGUUAGUCUCCUUGUAUCGAUACUUCAGGAGUUCAGGUUUCAUAAUCUGA